AUGGGCCUCUGGUUCAACAUAUCGCUGGCCGUUUUCGCCGCGACAGGAUCUUUCCUGUUCGGCUACGACUCUGGUGUCAUGACCGACGUCAUCCAGUCUCCGCAUUUCCUGGAUUUCUUCGACACCACCAAAACCUCUCCGAUUAUAGGAGCAAUCAACUCCACUUUUUCUGGUGGAGCCGUCUUUGGCAGUUUGAUGGGCGGUCUGACCAUGGACCGCUUUGGCCGCAAGGGCACCAUCAUCAUCGGUGCAACCAUCGCCUGCGUUGGCGCCAUUCUUCAGUGCGCCGCAAUGCAUCUCGCCAUGAUGCUGGUUGGCCGCAUCAUGGCCGGCUGGGCUGUCGGCCUUCUGUCCAUGAGUGUUCCCGUCUACCAGAGUUUGAUUGUCGGCAUUGCACAGCAGAUGAUCGGUGUCGGAUUCAUCGUCUCCACAUGGGUUGGUUACGGAAGUCAUCAUGUUCCAAAGACCAGCUCGUUCUCUUGGAGGUUUCCCCUUGCUUUCCAGGCCUUGCCCUGUGUCAUACUGAUGGCCGGCAUGCCCUUUUUCCCCGAAUCCCCCAGGCACCUCCUGGAGACGGACCGCGACGAGGAAGCAAUGCGUGUCCUUCGCAAGCUACAUUUCAAUGGCAGCAACCAAGAGUGGAUUGAUCGCGAAUUUCACGAGAUCAAAACCACCAUCUCUGCAGAAAAGGCCAUUACCGCACCUGGUUGGCGCAUUAUGUUCACCGUCAAACAAUGGAGAACCCGGCUCUUGCACGCCACAGCUGUGCAGGUCUUCACUCAGAUGACUGGCAUCAACGUGAUCAACUAUUACCAGACGAUCAUGUACGAGCACCUGGGCAUCGAGGGCUCACGCAACCUCCUUGUUACCGGUAUCUACAACUGCGUCGGUCCGCUCUGCAAUCUUGUCUUCAUCACAUUCUGCGCGGAUCGCUUUGGAAGGAAAAAGCCAUUGAUCUUCGGAAGUGCGGCAAUUACCUUGGCGCUCAUUUGUGAGGCUAUACUCAACGCUAAGAACCCCAAUGGCGCAAGGGAAGGCCUCUCGAUUGGUGGUGUCUUUUUCAUCUUUUUGGUGACCUGCAUCUUCAGUUUCUCCUUCGGUCCAAUCAGCUGGACGUAUGCCUCCGAAAUCAUGCCUAUGCAAAUCAGAGCUCGCGGCAGUGCCUUCGCUACGGGCAUUGGCAACUGGCUGGUUUCGACCAUCUGGAGUCAGGUAUCUCCCAUCGGUCUAGGAGCCAUUGGCUGGAAGUAUUACUUCGUCUUCAUUGCCUGGAACAUUUGUGUCACCCUCCCCGUCAUCGUCAUUUUCUUCAAGGAGACAAAGAAGCUUUCCCUCGAGGAGAUUGAUCUGUUGUUUGGCGAGCGCGCGCUGGGUCAAUUGCCGGAGAACAUUCAUGACGUGAAGGUGGAUCCGAAUGCCGCAGAGAUCAUCCAUCAUGAAACCAAGCAGUAG